AUGACAGAAGGAGCGUCGUUCCAGGAACAGUUGCUAGACGCAUCGAGACGUAACAAUGUUGAUCUUUUAGAUACGGUUUUCCGCGAACUAGGAUCAGAUGAAAAGCGGAUCGCAGAGCUCAUCAACAGUUCGUGUGACCCCAUGGGCAACACCAGUCUGCAUCUAUGCUGUCAGUACGGAUCCUGGGACGUUUUGGAUCAGAUCUUGGACCAAGAGGGAGGUAUCGAAAUUGAUCCUCGCAACAAAGUAGAUGGCGAUACACCUUUGCAUUCAGCCGUUCGUUACGCUUUAACAGAACCAGAGCAUGGGACUUUCAUUGCCCAGAAUCUAGUUCAAGUGGGUGCUGACUCCAGAAUUCUUAACAAAUCUGGCCAAAAACCACUCGAUCUCGUACAUGGCCAAGAGCUCGAGAACUUGAUUGAUUUGCUUCAAGGCGCAGAGCUAGCAGCAGACAAUCAACAUUUGGUUAACGAGGAGGACGCGGAACUGAUAGAUGACGGCCCAGAAGACUAA